GUGUUUCAGGGACUUUGUCAAAAGUCGUUGCGGGUGCAAGCAGCAAGAUGUGGAUGGCUGUGUGUGCGUGUUGUGCGUAAGUGAAGUUUAUUUUUUUACGCGAUGCAUUCCAUUCUUUUCUUUGCAUUUUGUGUUACUAUUCAUGGUUUAGAAGAAGACCCUAUGACAACAUACUAUAGACUUUAUCAAUACGGAGUCCAGUUUUACAAUGAGAAGAAUUUUACAGUUGCAAAGUCUCUUUUUGAGAAAGCUCUGGAAGAUUACCAUUUCUACCAUCAGAAUGCCAUUAACUGUCGUGUCGAAUGCCGUCGGGAAAAGAGCACUCUAGUAGAAAAUCUCGAGGAAUCUAGAAAAGUUUUAGAUAUUUUAGAAAUUAAUAUAUUUGAAAAUUUUAUCCAUCAAUCCAAAUGUAUCAAGAGAUGCUAUAAAAGAGUUUUUGGAGAGAGACCAGAUCAUCACCACAAUUCUGAAACAAAGAGAAUAGAUAAAGACUUUGAAGAUGGACGGAUUUUCCAGUACCUUCAAUUUUCCUAUUAUGAGUUGAAGGAUUAUACCAAGGCAGCGUCUGCGGCAUACACCUACUUUUUAAAACACCCGCAGGACCAGAAUGCUCGGCAUAAUGUCCAAAUGUACAGAGAAAAGUUUGAGGUCAAGGAUGAAGAGUUUGUUGACCUUGAGAGGAAGCCAUAUCAGGAGUCUCACAUACAGGGAGAAUUAGCGUACUAUGAUGGCAACUGGAGAGAUGUUAUCAUACAUUUUGAACGAGCCCUGAGAGAGUUUUACAGUGAGGAGGAGCGAUGUCGUCUACAGUGUGAGGACAAGCUCCUCAUUCCCUCACCAUUCCUGCUCAGUGACUUCUUCCAUUACUUGAAAGAUCUGUACACUCCUAUACUGAGAUGUCAGGCUGACUGUGAGUACAAACUGAGUCGGUUGUUUGCUGACCAUCAAGACGGCUUUCUGGAGGAGCAUUACAAUUUCCUGCAGUAUUCCUAUUACCAAACUGGGGACUUUGAGCGGGCAGCUGAGGCAAUUGGGGCGUUCCUCUUGUUUAACUCCUCCCACCAAGAGAUGCUUCAGAACCGCCUCUUCUUCACCACCCGGCUCGGUUACCAUGACUCCCACCUAAAAGCUAGAAAGGAGGCAGUGGAGUAUGUUGAGAUGCGGAAACGCCUGGAACUCCUGUUGAAUUACGCGGAAUCAAAUGACCUGGACGUGACAGAAGGAGGUACAAAGGAAGUUGACCAUUACCUGAAAGUUUUUGAAAAUCUUGGAAUAAAAGUUGUCCAGACACCACAGGAUCUGAAGGGCAGGAGGUUUACAGCAGAGGGCGUGCUCGGAGAGGAACAGAGGGAGGAGUUACUGAACCUGGUCAAGUCCACAGGAUUGGAUUCCUCUGAGGUUCAAACUAUUUCUGUUCCAAAGGCUAUAGAGGCUGUGAAGGGGGACCCAGACUUGGAGAUAUCACUGCGACUGUUCCUGAAACUGAGUGAGGCAGUAAGGUUUUAUACCUCUAAGUUCUUCAACCAGAGCAGCUUUUACACUAAGGAAACAAAGCUUGUGUGUAGGAAACCUACUGAACAAACAGAUGAAGAGAAGGAAACGGGAAGCAGCUGUUUCCCUCAGGAGGAUGGGAGUUGUUUGGAUCUGGAACAGGAACAUCUGGAUGGGGAUCCAGAUGAAUUUAUAGCAGUACUGUUUAUCAAUGAUGUAGACAAGGGUGGAGAGACGGUUUUCCUAAACAGGAAGAAUAAGGAGAUGGCUCAUGUUCGUCCAAAAAGGGGCCAUUUCAUAGUGUUUGAGACCUUGGACAAGCACAUGGUAACGCCCCCUGCCUCACAGCGAUGUGUUAUAUUAAUGACCUUCACCACAGAGAAGGCCAAGGACAAUCCAGAGUACCGUCAUGCCAUGAGAUUCCUUAAUGACCUUGAUGAAGAAAAAGUCCGAAAACUUCAUAUAGAUCAUUUAAAGAUGAUAGAAGAAAUCAAAGAUGAAGGUGUCUCUAUCAUACAAAGUGGUCAAGAACUUCAUGGUAAAGAAAGAUUUGUAGCUGAUGGGCUCAUGACUGAGGGAGAAUGUCAAAAACUGAUAUCUCUGUUGGAGGCUGGAGGUUUGGAGGGAGAUGGUUAUAGGGGAGACAAAUCUCCAUUGACUCAUAACGAAGUAUUCACUGGUUUGUCUGCGGAGCGAGCCCAAAAGAGAGGUGGACUUGAAGGUGAUGGAUACAAAGGGAAAACGGAAUCAGGGCCCAACAAAAUAUCGCCUCACACUAAUCUUGAAAUGUUUGAGGGCAUCACGGUUGGUAGGGCUACCCAGCUGGUGAGAUCAGGCAAACUACCCAAAGACUUGGUGCAGUUGUUUUUGAGAAAAAGUGAGCAGGCUCGAGUUCUUGUUGAGAACUUCUUUAACCUGACCCGCCCUCUCUACUUUGAUUUUACACACCUGGUCUGCCGGACAGCCAUUGAAGAGGAUAAUGAAGAGCGAAGAGACUUGAGUCAUCCAGUUCAUGCUGACAACUGCCUGAUUCAACCGGAUGGGUCCUGCUUGCGCCAAUUCCCAGCAUACAUUGCAAGAGAUUACAGUGCUGUGCUGUACCUAAAUGGUAAUCCUGAUUUCAUGGGAGGGGAAUUUUUCUUUGCCCAUGGCAACAGAACGGAACAGGUUACUGUUCCCCCCAGGUGUGGGAGGAUGGUUGGGUUUAACGCCGGCGAUUACCACGGGGUGCGAGCGGUCACCAAGGGUCGCCGCUGUGCCAUUGCUAUGUGGUACACCAUGGACCCAAACACACAGGAGCUGGCCCGCCUGCAAGCCUGGAAAAAAAUGGCACCACAAAAUGUUGUUCAAGGAGAAACUUCAGAGUCUGGUGAAGCAAAUGAAAAAUUUGACUACUUUGAAGAAGCUGAAGAAAGGAAUGUGAACAAAGAAGGAGCUAAUUUUUUGACUGAUGUGAAGGAUAUUGGAAUUAAUAUAAAAAUACAUGUAGAAGCAAAUGAUUUGGAUUCAGAGCAUCUACAAAAUAAUGAUAUAUCUGAAAAAGAGUUAGAAUUUGUAAAAGAAACUUACAACAAGAAUGGAGUAAGGGACAAUGGAAACAGAAAAAACAAUAAACAUGGGGAACUGUGAGAUCCAAAAAAUCAAUUCAUUAGAAAAAUUUCUGUCAGAUUUUGUUCCGAUCUACUACAUUCCCUGUCAUGAUGAAUGAUUUCAACGAAAUUUGUUCUUAUAGUGUUAGCUGUAAAGGCAAAGUUGGGAAUACCUGACAAGAUAUUAAACUUUACACUUUAUUUUUUCUGUAAGAAUGCUCACACUGUUGAGGAAAUCAUAGUUUUUGUUACUUCAACAUUCAUUAUACCCCCCGCUCUGAAGGAGAAGGGGGUAUAUUGUUUUACUCUUGUGUGUCUAUCUGUCCCUCCGUCUGUCCCUAACAAAAAAUUCUGUCACAUUUUUCUUAGCAACUAUUCAUAGCAGGUGCUUGAAAUUUUAACUCAAUCUUUGUUUAGGCAUGUCAUAUGGUGGGAUUUAUUUUUGUACCAAUUGAACGUCAACUUCCUGUUAAAUGAUGACUGUCUAUAUUUAGCCUUAAUUUUCAAACAAAUUUUUGUCAAAGAUUUCUCAACAACUAUUCAUUGGAGAUGUUUGAAAUUUUAACACACUCUUUGUUUAGGCAUGUCAUAUUGUGGGAUCUAUAAAUUGUUUUACCAAUCUUGCAAAGGAAUGUUUAGAAAAAAAAAAACCAAGAAAAGCUGAACUUUGUGUGGAAGCGUCCUCAGGUAGUGUAGAAUUAAUUUGUUAAAGCCAUGAUCUUCGGAGGUAGGUUGGGCCACAUGGGUGUAAGGGUCGGGGGUUCCAAUUAAACAUACAAUUUUUGUCCCCCGCCGCAACGCGGAGCGGGGACAUAGAAAUGCCGGGCGUCCGUCCGUCCGUGGGUCCGUGCAUCCGUGUGUCCGUGCGUCCGUCCGUCACACUUUUUUGUAAGCGCUCUCAUGCCUACAAAUUUUGACAGAUUUUCAUUAAAUUUAUACCAAAUGUUUAUACCACUAUUACCUUGGUCAAGUUCGAAAAUCAGCAUUGGUCGAUACUUUUUGUUGGAGUUAUGGGACUUUGACUGCAAUAAUGACUCCGUUUUAUCCAAAAAUUGACCUUGUAAGCACUCUCAUGCCUACAAAUUUUGACAGAUUUUCAUUAAAUUUAUACCAAAUGUUUAUACCACUAUUACCUUGGUCAAGUUCGAAAAUCAGCGUUAGUCGAUACUUUUUGUUGGCGUUAUGGGACUUUGACCACAAUAAUGACUCCGUUUUAUCCAAAAAUUGACCUUGUAAGUGCUCUCAUGCCUACAAAUUUUGACGGAUUUUCAAUAAAUUUAUACCAAAUGUUUAUACCACUAAUACCUUGGUCAAGUUCCUAAAUCAGCCUUGGUCGAUAGACUCGAUACUAGUAUACUGCUUGACCGGCGGGGGACCCUGGAAUUCUAUUCUUGUUAAUACUACAUGUGUUCUGAAAAAUUCAAAUGUUAUGAUAUGAAAUGUUAGAUAAUACGGUAUUACUCAUAUGCAAGCAUCUUGAUAUUUUGUUGAUCUCAAUCGUUUUUGAGAACUGACAAACUCAGUAUGUGAUAUGACUAUAUGAAAUCAUCCUGAUUCAAAAGGGGCUCAAUGUUUAAUAAGUCACCAUGACAAAAAUUUGAAUUUCUUUUUAUACAGGGUCUACGGAACUACAUGUUCUUAAUAUUUUCUAUACGACUCCAUCAAACCGAUUUUAUUAUCAUGGCUAUUGUUGUUCAGGUGAGAGAUGUGGCCCAUUGGCCUCUUGUUUUAACUAUAGUGGGUCUUAUGUAAGGCAGAUCAGUGGGAAAUCAGUGGUUCACCAUGCAUCUCAAGUCAGCAUAUCUCAGAAAAUCCUCACGCAUACUCUUGAAGGAGAAGGAAUGGUACACUUAAAGAAAAAAUCAACUUGUACUCUGUCUAUGAUGAUUAAAAUAAGGUUUGCAAUGUAACUCCUCUACCACAGUACAUGUAACACUAGUAAGCUUUGUACUUUUUAGGUUUUACAAUUCUAAGGUAGUAUGCAACAUGCACCUUGAGAAGGUACCCCAUAAUCAAAAUCUAUUCACCAUUUUGAAAUUUCGAAUUGUACUAUAUUUGUACCGGUAACUUGCAUAUCACUUUAUUUGCAGUAAAUCUGUUUAUCAAGUACAUACAAUACACAUUAAUUGAU